AUGAUAUCAAGAAAUUUAGUAAAAGUUACCAAAUUAAACAUAAAGAAUCAGAUAACAGCAGCAGCUGCUACAUCUUUACAGGUACAACCAACUGCUGUUGGCAAUAGAAAUUACUUUUCAGUUGUAGAUAAAGAUAAAAAAAAGAAACCUAAAGUCCUUGUUCUUGGUUCAGGUUGGUCUUCUUUUGCUUUUUUAAAGAAAUUAAAUUCAAAAUAUUAUGAUAUAACAUUAAUAUCACCAAGAAAUCAUUUCUUGUUUACACCUUUAUUGGCAUCAACGACGGUUGGAACAUUGGAGUUUAGAUCGAUAGCAGAACCAAUUAGAAAGGCAAAGAAUGAUUUUGAAUUCCUUCAAGCUCAAUGCACUACGGUAGACCCAGAAACAAAGACCAUUGAAUGUACAUCAACCUUGCAUGACACCACUCCAUUUAAAUUACAGUAUGAUUAUUUGGUCAUUGGAGUUGGUGCAAGAAAUGCAACUUUUGGUAUACCAGGUGUAUCGGAACACGCCCACUUUCUCAAAGAGUUGCAUCAAGCUAGAUCCAUUCGUCAACGUAUCAUAUAUUGUUUUGAAUCUGCAUCAUUACCAGACUGUAAACCAGAGGAACGUAAAAGAUUACUUAGUACAAUCAUCGUUGGCGCUGGACCAACUGGUGUCGAGUUUGCAGCCGAACUAAAUGAUUUGGUCAUUGAAGAUAUUGCUAAACUAUUCCCCAAUGUUCCAUGCAAUGAAAUCAACAUUACUAUACUCGAAGCAUCUAAUCGUAUAUUAUCAGCAUUUGACUCUAAACUGGUAGAUACUGCGGUAAAGAGAUUUAGAACGACUGGUAUAGAUGUACGUACCAAUACAAUAGUCAAAGAGGUACUAUCUGACGAGGUAAUAUUGACAUCUGGUGAAAGAAUACCUUUUGGUCUUUUGGUUUGGAGUACUGGAAUUGGUAGUCAUCCAUUCACUGAUCGUUUACCAAUGGAAAAGGAUAAACAUGGUCGUAUCAUUGUUGAUGAUUUCCUAAGAGUUAAAAAUAUUUUCCAAAAUAAUAACAACAACAAAACAAUAGAAUCAACUUCAACCACCUCAACUAUAACUACAACCGCUACAACUAAACAACAACAACAACAAGAAAAUAUUUAUUCAUUUGGAGAUUGUGCAUCACCACAAGGUAAUAAUAAUAAUUUACCAGCAACAGCUCAGGUGGCACAACAAGAAGGAUACUACUUGGCACAACAAUUUAAUAAUCGGGCAGAAAACAAAGAAUUACAACCAUUUGUUUUCAACUUUUUGGGUAUUAUGGCAUAUAUUGGUCGUAUGAGUUCACUCUUUCAAACAAACUCUGUUCAUGCAUCUGGAUUCACUGCAUGGGUUACAUGGCGUUCAGCUUAUUUAACAAGAUUAGGUUCAAUUCGUUCUAAAUUACAAGUUCCUUUUGAUUGGGCUCGUACCUUUAUUUUUGGUAGAGAUAUUAGUAAUUUCUAG